GGAACUCGAUCGCGUGCGCCCGCGCAGUCACGGCCAACCACCGGCCAAUGACGGUCGUGAUCGCUUAUUAUUAUAUUUUUUGAACAAAUAACAAUUUAAUUUAAGUUUUAUUUGUGAUUAUUGUAACAAAUUUAGUGAUAUUUAGUUUUGUGAUUUCUCUAAAGAGACACAAUGGCUCCCAAUACAGAAAGACGGCAAGUAAGCUUCCCACAGUUGGAAUAUCCCCUAUUUCGAGAAGCACAGCCAAAAUCUGCCCAACACUGGUUAAAAGCCAAGAGAAUGCAAGAUGGCGCCGAAGAUUUGUGGAGGAUACAUGACAGUCUUUAUGAUUUAACCGAUUUUGUGUCUUCACACCCUGGAGGGUCGCAUUGGAUAGCCGUUACUAAGGGUACAGAUAUAACAGAAGCCUUCGAAACGCAUCACCUCAAAGGAAUUGCUGAGUCGUUAUUACCCAAUUAUUAUAUAAGGAAAGCAACGAAGCCCAGAAAUCAACCAUUCACGUUUAAAGAAGAUGGAUUUUACAAAACUUUGAAGUUGAAAGUCAUGGAUCAGAUCCAAUCAAUACCAAAAGAUGCGAGAAAGAAAAGCGAUUUUAUCACUGACAGUUUAUUGCUUGCUUUAAUUGUCUUGGCUCCAUUAAGUUGUUGGGGCUGGACCCAAAGCUUUAUCAUAGGAGCCUCCCUAACUCUCAUGACCAGUUACGUUCUAAGUUCCGUGGUCACAUGCGCACACAACUAUUUUCAUCGGGGCGAUAACUGGAGAAUGUAUAUAUUCAACUUAGCUGGUUCGUCAUUUAGUGAUUGGAGGGUUUCCCAUUCAAUGUCUCAUCACCUGCAUACGAACACUGCUCAGGACCUUGAAAUUUCCAUGGUAGAACCUUUUCUUCAAUUCAUACCGUAUAAGGAUAAGCCUAUAUGGGCACAAAUGGCUGCUUUCUACUAUCCUAUCGUUUACGCCACGUCCCUCCUUUCAAUUAUGGGUCACGAGUUGAUACUCAGCGCAACGAACCAUGAAGGCAAGACGUUAACUUGGAAGAAUUUGAUUCCAUUCUUGAUUCCAACUUGGAUGUACAUAAUGGGUGGCUUGCCUUUACACUGGACUAUCCUUCUCUGGCUGGUCACUUUGGUACCAGCUAGUUUCUUCUUCGUCUUCUACGGGUUAACAGCUGGUCAUCACAACCAUAGAAAUUUCUUUGAAGGGGAUGUUCCUAGAGACGAAAAUAUCGAUUGGGGCAUUCAUCAGCUGGAUGCGAUUUGCGAGAGAAGUGAUUAUGCGGGGAACCAUUUUAAAUCGAUUACUCGUUUCGGGGACCACGCGCUACAUCACCUGUUCCCUACCCUAGACCAUGCGGAACUCAAGUACUUGUACCCGGUACUUCUAGAGCAUUGUGAAAAGUUCGAUUUUCAAUUUAAAACGAACACUUUUUACGAAACAGUGAUUAAUGCGAGUAAGCAAUUAAUACGAAAACGUCCAAACAAUUUUAGAGAUGUAAAGGCAACGAAAUAAGGUUUAAAAUAUACGAGCAAUGUAAUUGAAGAAAUAAUACUUACUGUAUGAAUAAUGCAUACUGUGCGAGGCUGACGAUAAUUUAUAAAGUUCAAUAAAAUCGUAUAUUUAUUAAAGUACAUUUUGUAAAAGUACAAUAAUAUGAAACCUUUUGUAUUAAAAGUUUCUUGCUUAAAUGAACAAUCUACAAGAAAUAUGACCAAAAAUAUCUGAUAUUAAGAGUAUGUUGGUGAAGGGUUGAAGGCUGUGGAUAUGAAAUAAAUAGACUGCUUACUUUA